AUGAGGGCAAAUAAAAUUGCAGGCUGUCUUAACGACACUAUAUGGAGGAAUAAACAUCUGAACAUAAAAACGAAGGCAAAAAUUUAUAAGAGUAUCAUAAGACCGAACAUGAACUACACGGCUGAAACAAGACCAGACACUUCGAAGAGAAGGCGUAUGCUGGAAACAGCGGAAAUGAAUAUUCUCCGUAGAAUUUCCGGAAAAAUCCUCUAUGACAGAAAGAGAAGUAAUGACAUCAGAAAGCUGUGUGAAGUGAAGAAAAUUGGAGAGGGGAUAGACAACAGAAAGGAAGAAUGGAAAGAAUGGGCCAAGGCAAGAGAUAAAUCACCUCUAGAAAAGAGAAGUAUCGGUCGACCCAGAAAGAGAUGGAGCGAUAAGUUACGCACCGAAUAG